GACUUUUGGCGAUGGCUGGAAGGCGCGGCGGUCGUAGCAACGGGAUGCUCCUCAUGCUGGCGCUUCACGUUUUCUCGCAGUUCGUCCAGCUCGAGAGGAAGCCGCCGGUCACGGCGGCGCUGAUUCUCGCGAAUGUGAUCGUCUAUCUGCGCCCUGGGAGCCUGCACGAGGUUUUGCCAUCGAUCGAGGAGGUCUGCCUCAGUCCCUACCUUGUUCUCCGGAAUUUCGAUGUGAAGCGCUUGCUUCUCUCGGCUUUCUACCACGUCGACGAAGCGCACCUGUUCUACAACAUGAUCUCACUGCUCUGGAAGGGCGUUCAGCUCGAAGGUAGAAUGGGAAGCCCGAAAUUCGCGUCCAUGGUGGCUCUCCUCCUGGGGAUGUCUCACGGCUUGAUGGUGUUGCUGGGAACGCUCGUCUCGACCCUGACCGAUUCGCCUGCGCCUUACACGUCCUGUGCCGUGGGAUUCUCGGCGCUUCUCUUCGCUCUCAAGGUAGUCCUCAAUCACAACUCUCCAGCCAACGCCAUCGUCUAUGGCUUCGUAGUACCAGCGAGGUUUGCAGCAUGGGCAGAGCUCGUUCUCGUCCAGAUGUUCAUGCCAGGCGCCUCGUUCUUGGGCCACCUCUCCGGAAUUCUAGCAGGGCUGCUCUACGUACGUGCUCCCAGGUUCUUCUCCAGUGGCAUCGGGGCUCUCGUAAGACGAUCGGCGAACUGGUCGUGGAUGUUGGUGACUAGGCCGCUGUGGUUCUUACUGGGACGACCAUCGCCACCGCCGUCUCGUCGCUUCGGUGGAGGAUCUGUGGGAUCCAGGAAUGAAGGUGGUGGAAGUGGAGGCGGGAUAAGUUUUCAGAUGUGGAGGUGUCGAGCUUGCACGUACGAAAACUGGGAGCCUGCCGACAGUUGUGAGAUGUGUGGGACUCCGAGGUCGGGUGGCGGCAGCAGUUCCUUCAGCCCGACGGCUCCGCCGUGGCCACAGCAUGAACCGCUGCCUGGCUCGCCGCAAACUUCUGCCGAGGCCAUACGGCAGGCACGUAUUGCAAGAUUUACGAGGUGACGGCGUGCGUCGUCCAUCGGCGGAAUUUUUUUGGAGAGUCCCAGCAAAAUAUGUGGAGUGUUUUCCCUCUCGACCGGGCCGGGGGGGUCAUGUAAGUCCGAUGUUCUAGAUGGCGUGCGAAGUCGACAACUUUAUCACGAAGCGAGAAUGCGCUCAAGAAAUCACCCGCGGCAAUACACGACAGUGAAGGUAGACUGGAGGAAGUUAUCCCAGCAGUGAAAGGCAGGUUCGACAUUCGGGCAGCAUUUAUAUCUCCGCCUCUCGCGCUUUUCGAGGCAAGUCAGUUUCCAAGUUUCCGAA